AGAUGUAUCCAGAAAGGGGAAUUUGCUUGAGACUUCCCAUUAAGAGUAACCAGCUGAUGCUGAGCAAUUGAAUGUAACCUAAAGAGAAUUGGUGAAAAGAGCUCCUCAUUGAGGCUCCCUUCCUGCGCUUUUCCGUCAGGCGAGUGCAGUAGUCGCCUCAGCGCGUCAUGCCGCGGGGGUCUUUCUCCGUCCCGGCAAGAUGGCGGCGCCCACCGGGCCCUGAAAGAUGAGGCUGACUCGGAAGCGGGUUUGUUCGGCGCUGCUGGCGGCCUACUUGCUCUUCUCCCUCUACGCCGCUUAUAGCGUCUUUCUGAAGCCUCGGCGACCUGUAGCCCCGCGGGCGGGGCAGAGAGAGAAGCAAGGGCGGGCAGAGCAUGCUGCUUUGAGAACUGAUGAAUGGAAUCCUUGGGAAGUUGAUGAAAAGAAUGAUUUGCAACAGAAGUCGGCAAGCAACUUUCACCUAUUGAAAAAGAUGGGAGGGCAAGAGGAACAAGCAGACCUCAGGGUACAAAUCUGGGGGAAAGCUGCUAUUGGUCUUUACCUGUGGCAACAUAUCUUUGAAGGUCCGCUUAAGCCUGCAGAUGUUUCAGCUCAGUGGAGAGAAGGAAGCAUAAAAACAGGAAGCUCAUUUUUCAGUUUCAUCACAGGUCCAGCAGUCGUCCCUGGCUACUUCUCUGUAGAAGCUGACAAUGUGGUUUUAGUGCUGAAUGGCAGGGAAGAAGGAAAGAUCUCCUCCGCCACCCAGUGGCUGUAUUAUGCACAAACAUUAAUAGAAACGCACAAGCUGCGGCAUGUUGCUGUUGUGUUGCUUGGAAGUGAACAGUGUAGAAAUGAAUGGAUUUACCCAUACUUAAAAAACAAUGGAGGGUUUGUGGACCUCCUCUUUGUAGUAUAUGACAGUCCCUUAGUGAAUGAAGAAAAUGUUUUCCAGUGGCCUUUGGGAGUAGCAACCUACAGAAAUUUUCCUGUAGUUGAACCGAACUGGUCAAUGCUGCAGUCACCAAGGUUGUACCAGUGUAAUUUCUUGGGAACGGUAUAUAAGAAUUCAACACGUGAGAUCGUAAUGAAAGUUCUGUUACAGAAUAGACUUAAUAAGCUCUGUUGGAUUUCACCCAGAGAAGAGUGGUGGCCUCAAGAAACCAAUGAGAGCCUUCGAAAUUAUCAAGACGCAUUGCUGCAAAGUGAUCUCACACUAUGCCCAGUGGGAGUAAAUACAGAAUGCUAUAGAAUUUACGAGGCUUGUUCCUUUGGUUCUGUUCCUGUAGUAGAAGAUGUAAUGACACCAGGAAAUUGUGGCAAUUCUUCUGUGCACCAUAGUGCUCCAUUGCAGUUACUGAAGGCCAUGGGAGCUCCCUUUAUCUUCAUUAAAAACUGGAAAGAACUUCCCGCUGUUUUAGAAAAAGAGCAAAAUAUGACCCUGGAACAGAAAAUUCACAGGAGAAAAAAGUUAAUGGAGUGGUAUCGGCAGUUCAAAAUACAGAUGAAACAAAAAUUUAUCAGUGCAUUGCAAAAAUCAUUUUUACAUAAGGACAGAGGAAGUUAACUAUUGCUCUGUAUACAAGCAUGAGUAAAGUGUAAUUUCUCUUGAACUUUUUGUAAUGAUGUAAAUUUUCAAAAGUCCUUUCUUGCAAGUUGGAACUGCCUCUUAAAUGAUUGUUGUAUUUGUAUAUACCGGUAAAAUAAUAUAAUAUAUGUAGAUAAAUGUAUUCUGGCAGACGGUUUGUUUCAAUGAAAAAGUCUUGUCUUCUAAAAGUACUUUGUUCAUUAACCGAUAGCAGAGUCAAUCAGCACAUGAGAUUCUUUUGUCAGAAGUGAAAAUCCCUCCAGAAUUAGCCUUAUACAGGCUUGCUACUCCUGGAGUCAUACAUUUUCUGUCUAGGAUGCUCUCGAUCCUGUAGAACAAUAAUCAAUUUUCACUUGAAGCUGACCAUAGAGUCGCACUGAGGGACGUAGUAAUUUCUAGAGAGAACAUAAUAAUCAAAUCCACAAAAAGUGAAAGCCACAAAUAUGGAGGCCUGACUGUAUGUAUAUAGAUAUGUGUGUGUAUUUAUGUAUAUAUGAAAAAAAUGUGUCCAUCUCUAAAAUAGACUAGUUUGCUUUUCAUUCCCACUACCUUUUGAAAAAGCAUACCUGUUUUAGGUUGCUUUCAUACACACAUUGAAAAUAUCAGUUCACACUGGAUAAUUCUUUCACUUCUUCCAGUGUAAUCUAGCACAAGGAAGUGCUCCAUCAGACCUAAUGCUGCUUGGAGAUUGUCAUAUGCCCUAGUUAGGAAGAAAAAGAACAAAAAUCCAUCUUUGACCUACCUUGACAGGUAGGCAUGGACACAACUUUUUAUGAGUAGCGCAUAAAAUACAAGGUAGGGUAGGAAAGGGUUCAAAAAGCAACACUGAUGCAUUUUAUGCCGAACUGAACAAUUUUGCUCCUUGUUGUGGAAAAGUGAUUUGUUACAGGCAAUGAGCAUUUCUGUAAUGAAUUAUUUCCAAGCACUGGAGAACAACACAGGCCAAUCCUUGAAUUAUGUAAUGUUCUUCCUCUAUGAUUUAUUAUUAUUAAUCUUUAAUGAAACUAUAUCAUCCUUGUAAUUAUAAAAGUAACUAAAAGUUGCAAUUAUAUCACAAAAUAAAGUUACUGGUUUUUAUUGAUUCUAAGACUCACCUUUUUUUAUGUAAACAUCUCAUAAAAAUAGGUGUGUCUUAGAAUUGCGGGUGAUAUAUAUAUUUAUUUCUGUUAGUGCAGUGGUUCGCAACCUGUGGGUCCCCAGGUGUUUUGGCCUACAAUUCCCAGAAAUCCCAGCCAGUUUACCAGCUGUUAAGAUUUCUGGGAGUUGAAGGCCAAAGCAGCUGUGGAACCACUGCAUUAGUGUGUGUCUUACAAUCAAUGGCAUAUUAGAAUUGAUGAAAUACGGUAUAUAAAAAUAGUAGAAAUUAGGACUAUACUUUAGUUUCUGGAACAGUAAUUAGUUACUUCAGCGCUGAAUGCAUAUCAGGGCUGACCCUGCUUAGCUUUCAAGAUUAGAUGAGAUCUGUUGCUUCUAGUAUUCCAAAGUAAUGGGCAAAAUCCCUGGACUGAUAGCGGCUUGGAUACAAUAUGACUUCGGUUGUCCUGAACCCUAAUGUCAGUUCAGCUUGCCCUUAACCCACAUUGUACUCUAAAAGUUAUAUUCAUUUGCUUUUUCUGAUUUAUUCAACACAGAAAGAUGUAUUUUAAAGUAUUGCUGAUCAUAAUUGAAUGUUAACUAUGUGAGAUAUGACCUCAUUUGUGUGUCAGUCCCCAAAAGUCUUACAUGAUUGAGAUGAAGUUCACAGUAAUAACUCAGAUUCAUAGGAAAUUCUGAGUUUCAAAUGCAUCAGAUCUAUAGCAUUGCUUUAUAUAUCAGAUGUUACAUAUCAUGUGUGACAUUUAAUCAUCUACUGUAUUCCAUUGGCUCAAAGUAACACAUACACCUAGUACUUGAAUAUCUAGUUGAGCCAGUGAUGGGGACUAGUCACUCUCUUUGUUGUUGUAGAGAUCUGUUUUAAACUGAAAUGUUACUGAUUUUUUAUCUUUCUAAAUGUUAUGAUUUGAAUUGUGUUCUCAUUGUGAAUAGUUCAAUUCUGUUUUUGUAUGUUUUGUACUUAUUUUAAGGCCUUGAGUUUCAGCUGAGGGACAGGAUGGCAGGAGGUGGAGGAUUGGUGUAGAUUGUCGUGUAGGGUGUGUAUGUAGUCCUGGGACCAAACUCCAGUGAAUACCAAGGGCCCACUGGGUUACAUGGGGAGAAACUUAGGGAUGCAUGAGUAUGUCUUAGGCUGGAUGUAUAUUUUUCCCUAUGAUUAUCAGUACAGUAGAACAGUUUGUUGAUUUUGUUUUCCUGUGUCAGGAGCGACUUGAGAAACUGCAAGUCACUUCUGGUGUGAGAGAAUUGGCCGUCUUCAAGGGCACGCCUGGAUGUUUUUACCAUCCUUGUGGGAGGCUUCUCUCAUGUUCCUGCAUAGAGAUGGAGCUGAUAGAGGGAGGUCAUCCGUGCUCUCCCCGAGUUGGAUUCAAAUUCGCAACCUUCAAGUCAGCAACCCAACCUUCAAGUCAUCAGUCCUGCUGGCACAAGGGUUUAACCCACUGCACCACUGGAGGCUCAGUUUGUUGAUUACUUUAUUACAAGAACUUUGGGCACUUUAAUGAUGAAUGCAAAUGUAUGUGGUGCAAACCAGUGUCUGGUGGAACCUGGCUAUUUGUCUGGGAUUGCAUCCUUGAAAGUAUUUGUCUAGCAUUAAUUAGUACUAAUUAAUGUAUACUAUGUAUUAAUAGCAUACAAAUUAAUUUAUGUUCAUGAUUUUCUGACUCAUUUUACACAUAUAAAUUCCAAAAUAUUUUUCUUUUC